AUGACGGUCGAAAAAUCGCACCCGCAUGCAAACUAUGACAACGUUAUUCCUCAAAACGAAGCGCCUGCCGAGCAACCAACAGCAGACCUCGCCCCCGCCAGAUUCCGCCCUCUCUCCGUCGCAGACACAGGGUCAACGAUAGGCGCCCAAAGCCCCAAUACACCCCCCAUUAGGUCGAGUAAGACCCUUGCCGCACAAACUAAAGUUGCCAUUCCUCGUCAACGCGUCGCAACUGCCCCGCGCCAUAAUCGACGAGUGCCUCGCGCUUGUGCAUCCUGCAGGCAGCGCAAGACGAAAUGCAGUGGUGACACCCCGGUUUGUCGCCAAUGUCGUGAGCUGAGGGCUACGUGUAACUACCCUGAGGGUUGGAGUGAGAGACUGAAAAAACAAGUGGAGACUGUCUCGGAGAAAGCGCAAGAAUAUGAGAAUCUUCUGAAGGAUUUGAGUGGUAUUGUUGACUCCAGUGUCGCGGAGCGGAUCAGGAGCUUGCUGGACAAGCAUGGCCCGGACAUGGAUUAUUCGUCACAUAAUUCCCAAUCUCAAUCACUAACCCCUCAGGAUGACGUCCCGGAAAAUGAUGAACCAUCCUCGCCUUCGUCUAUUGGGUCUCUUGAGGCGAUUGAUCGAGUAGAAGAGGACAUCAAUCGAUCAGAACAUACCAGAGCAACUGGUUAUAUGGGGAAGAACUCGGAAAUUACCUGGAUGCAACGGCUCCAUAGAGAGGCAGAACAACGUGCCAAAGGUCUUCCGGGAAGCCUGGAGCCUGGCCAGGAUCCAAAGACUGAUAAUGCAGUAUCUCUGCAUGCGGUCAAUUAUCAUCUUGAUGACUUGGAGAUUUCUGUGCCCGGACCGGUACAGCUAUAUGCCAUGCCUCCUCGAGAGGUGGCAGAUCAUAUGUUCGAGACUUAUUUGACUACCGUGCAUCCGUUCUACCCCAUCAUCAACAAACCCCUUUUCUCCGCACAGUACCGGACAUUUUUCGAUAGCGCUGCCCGACCCGGUGACAAGUGGCUCGCGAUAUUGAACAUGAUAUUCGCAAUCGGGGCUAAAUAUGGCCAUCUCAUCGACGCACCAUGGCGUGGGAACGAGAAGGACCAUUUGGUAUAUCUAACCAGGGCUAGGAUCCUUAGUAUGAACGGCGAUGUCCUCUUCAGCCAUCCCGAUCUCCAGCAAGUCCAGGUGGAGGGCUUGAUUGCCUUCUACCUUCUCGCUUCUGAUCAAAUGAACCGGGCGUGGAGAAUAUCAGCUUUGGCAGUGCGGUCUGCAAUCACACUUGGCAUCAACAUGAAAAGCAGCAGUCCGGCUACCCCCGAUAUUUCGAAAGAAGCCCGUUACCGAGUCUGGUGGUGUCUGUAUAUGUUUGAGCACAUGCUUGGAAUAAUGACUGGGCGCCCAACUUGUAUCCAGGACGGGGUGUGCACCUCGCCUUUCCCGCUUCCGUUUGAAGAAGAACAGCUACAAGAGCCCACUGCCUUCGAAGUACUCACAGACACUACACUACGAGACGAACGGAUCAAUAACGUCAUGGCAAGUGCAUGUAUUAGACAAAUGCCGCUCCACCCGGCAAAUGGUAAGGAUGGCAGUCACCACACUCGAGCACGAGAUACCAAAUGGCUCAAAAGCCUGCCUGUCAACUACGGGCUCUUUUACCUCUACUAUUGCGACUUGGCAGUUGUCGCGCAAGAAAUUGUCAACAAAGUCUAUUCAGUGGACUGCGUGAUGGUGCCAUGGGCACAGAUCGAGAGCCGGAUUGGUGAACUCAAGUCCCGAACCGAGACAUGGAAAUCCAACCUUCCACCCGGGCUUGACUUCACAGACAAGGAAGAUAAAGGGCCGGAUAUCCUUCGCUGCAAACUGAACUUAGCGUUGCAUUACUACAGUGCGCGGAUCACACUAGGCCGUCCCUGUCUCUGCCGGCGUGACGCGCGCCGAAAGGGCACGAACCCUUCCUUCAGUCACGAAAUGGCAGUGGUGACCCUGGACUCUGCACGGUGUAUGCUAGAUCUGAUUCCUGAUGAACCGGAUGCUCUCCAGCUGUACCGGAUUGCUCCGUGGUGGUGUAUCCUCCACUAUCUCAUGCAAGCGGCGACCGUUCUCCUUCUCGAGCUAUCCUUCGGCACUGUCCACAUGCCAGAAGAGGAGAAGAACUUCAUCAUCCUGUCUAAGAAGGCAGUCCACUGGCUCUUCGCAAUGUCCGGGCAGAGCAUCGCCUCCCGACGCGCCUGGCAGCUCUGCGACCUCAGCCUCCGCAAACUGGCCCAGGGCAUGAAGUACGACGUCAGCGACAUGCCUUCCUACCCGUACACCCCAGAGCCUAGAAGCACUAUCAGUUCGGAGCCCGCACACGGACAGCCCAUGGCUCACUCUGCUACUGCUGGCGAUUACUGGGCCCCUCUACAAGAAGAUCUCUCGGUGUCUGCUCCGGAUGGACCGCCCGCUGAAGACCACUACACCUACCCCAGCAUAACGAUCGCGGAUCUGACGAGCUCGUUGACCGCCGAGGCCCAGGACUCGUACUUCCCCUAUGAUCCUAUCACCAGGGGAGUUUAUGCGUUCUUUCUUCCCUCAUUCCAAUGA